AUGUCCACCGCAGCAGUCCGCUUCAUCAGCUCGAAAAGCUCUGCGCUCGGAAGUAUCAGUCUUCAGCUCUUCGUCAAGCCCAACGCCAGCGCCGCGCGCGAGGGUAUCGUCAGCAUCACGCCAUCUGCUAUCCAUCUUGCCAUUGCGGCUCAGCCCAAGGACGGCGAAGCCAACAAGGCUGUCAUCCAACUGCUCAGCGAUGUGCUCGGGGUACCCAAGGCACGUCUCCAUCUCCGCCGCGGACUCAAGUCCAAGGAGAAGACGGUGAUUCUGGACAAUUCGACAGAGGACAGCGUCACGAGCAUAAUGGACAUACUACGCAACGCGUCUGCUUCAUGA